CCAUACGCCUUGUGAAUGGUAGUAGCGAACGCUCUGGAAGAGUCGAAAUACUUCACCAUGGGAAAUGGGGAACUAUCUGCGCUGAAGGAUUUGGUGUUGAGGAAGCAAAUGUGGUGUGCAGAAAGGCUGGGAUACGUCUUUGGAAUGCAUCAGUGCUAGACGAUUCCCCAUUUGGGCUUGGUGAGCACGGAUACUUAAUUAACAACGUUUCCUGCGAGUCAGGCGAGCACGACCUUGGUGAGUGUAAGAGUUCCCCAUGGAAUGAAACAGAGUGCGAUGAUGGAAACGUUGCAACUGUUGCCUGCAAGGUUCGAGAAACGGCAAUUCGUCUGACAGGAGGGAACACGAAUUACGACGGUCUUGUUGAGUUGUAUUUUGAAAAUCAAUGGCGGCCAAUUUGCACCUAUGAUUAUAAUGGAAAAAGCAGUACAGACGUCCUUUGUCGUCUACAAGGAUAUAAUUUUUCCAGAAAUGCAGCCUUUUCAAACAGCUAUAUUUAUUCGAACUCAUUGCUGAGAAACCUGCAAUGCAUCGGCCAUGAAUCCGAUAUUUCUCUGUGUCCCUCUUCUGACUGGGGAUCGUACAGCUGCAGCAGCUAUGGCCUCACAAUCAAUUGUUUGUCUCCGAUAAGUCUUCACGGUGGUCUGACGCAAAAUAUUGGAUAUGUAAGUGUGACGAAGAACGGAUACAGUGGUUAUAUGUGUGCUGAUAAUUUAACUGCAGAGACACAGGCUGUCAUGUGCAAAAUGCUGUUUAAUGUUACAAGGGAGUAUGUGGAGGUUGACCGACCAUACUUCAAGCCUGGAUUCAAAACACCGGUAAUAGUUGACAAUAUCUGGUGCACGGGUACUGAGGAAGACUAUCAAAUGUGUCCAUCCUCGGACUGGCUGCAAAACACUCAGUGCAAGAACCCGGCACUUCUAAGAUGCAAUACACCUGUCCGACUUGAAGAUUCCGACAGUAUGCAUUCGGGAACUGUGGAGAUUUACAUGAACAGUACAUGGUCCAAUGUCUGCUUUGACAAUAACCAAAACAAAGCACAUGCGAAAAUGUUCUGUAGAAUGUUGGGAUACAAUUAUGGACAAGCUCAAGCCAGCAACGUGACCACAACCAAAAACUCAAGUCUUCAAUUAACGUGUGGUGGUGCUGAAGACGACGUUUCUGAAUGUGGAAGAAUUGUAGAUGGACCCUGUCACUCAGUUCUCGAGAUUUCAUGCGCAUCUCUGAUGGAACUACAUAAUGGCAGGACCAAGUACAUGGGGCAACUGAUAGUGCAGGUUGGAGAUUACAAAAGAAAUGUAGGUUCGAUACAAAACGAAAAAACUGUUGCGACCGUAUGUAGACUUCUUGGAUUAAACUUUACAAGAAAUUUUCGAAUGCCUUCGGCUGAGUUCCUACGGCAGAAAAACACAAAUUCGGAGAAAAAAAUAAGCACAUUAAUCUGUAAUGGCAAUGAAACUGAUAUUGUAGAAUGCUUGAAUAGCACAGUGUAUUUAACGUCAUCGACAGAAGACAUAGGAAUCAAUUGUCAAACAUCAAUUAGACUUAAUAACGGGAAAAGUUACUUGUCUGGCAAACUCGAAGUAAACAUUAACAAAACAUGGGUGCCAGUUUGUUCAUACGGAUUCCAAUUAAAUGACGCAUACGUAGUAUGUCGAAUGCUCGGACAUGUACAUGCAAGGAAUGGAACUUAUACACUGGAACCAUACAACGGUACGUCAAUCUAUGGCGGCUUAUCAUGCGAUGGAGGAGAAGACGAUGUUUCACAAUGUGCUGGGUACAAGGAGCAGAACGUAUCAACAUGCGAUUAUGGCUAUGUGAUAAACAUUAACUGCCAGACUAUGGUUCGACUUUCGGAUGGACCCUCAGCAACUAAAGGUCGGGUGGAAGUGUUCUACAAUGGAACGUGGGGGCCCGUCUGUGGAUAUUCAAUUGACACAAAGGAGGCGAAUAUUAUAUGUCGAUCUGCAGGAUAUAAAUACGCGUAUGGUCUUCAAAAUACCGGAAUGACACUCAGCAACAAAACAUUUAGCAACUUCAUGAUAUCUGGCCUUUCCUGUAUUGGAAAUGAAUUGUCCAUCACAGAAUGCAAUUCGCAACCAUGGUUGAAUAGCUCAUGCAGUUAUUCAGUACCACUGGAACUGGAAUGCAAGACAAACGUAUCCCUUCAAUAUGGUGUUAGCAAAUACUAUGGACGGGUUGAAUUGAGAUUACAAGGCACAUAUGGUUCCUUGUGUGGAUCUGGCUUUAGUUCGAAUGACGCAGACGUUAUUUGUAAACUUGUUGGGGCUCCAACUUACGGAAAUGCGACUGUAUAUACAAAUAACGUAUUUGGAAGCCCCUCCUACAACUUUGUUAUCGAACAACUGAACUGUUCUGGCAAAGAAAACGAUCUCCAAGAAUGUCAGUCCAAGCCUUGGUCAGGAACGUCGCAUAUGUGCAACUCCAGUAACACGGCUGUGGCGAUUAACUGCAGACCCAAUACACCGACGCGGCUACAAGGAAUUGAUCCCUCGAAUGGAGUGGUUGAAGUAUUUUUUGAUGCUGCAUGGUAUACCAUGUGUGGCUACAAUUUUGACUUUAAGGAAGCCGCUGUAGUUUGCAACAAACUGGGAUAUAAAAUAGGGAAGCCUGACCCUAAGUAUGAUUAUAGCUAUGCACUUGUGCGUGGCAUGAGCUGCAAUGGCGAUGAAAAAGACAUUUCCCAGUGCCAGUUCUCAUCGCAGUGGUCCACAGGAUAUUGCCCCGACGCAUAUUCUCAAUAUUCCCAAAAAGCAGGAGUUACUUGUAGCGACAACCGUGUUAGGCUGGUCAGCAACGUUAACAAUUACCAGGGUAGAGUUGAGUUCCAGUAUUUUGGAGUUUGGGGAACUGUCUGUAAUGCAAACUUUAGUCAAAACGAUGCACGUGUCAUAUGCAAACUGGCUGGGUAUGAAACUUUGAGUUACAUCACAAUACAUACAAAUGUAAGCAAGUACGGACAAGGGUCAGGUAACCUUAUUGUUGAGGACUUAAAGUGCAACGGAACAGAGACGGACAUUGAUGAAUGUGCCUCGUACCCAUGGAAGGAAAAUUCUGCAAAACAACCAUGUAACUCGCAUUACUAUGAUGUCGGCGUUAAUUGUAGACCUGUAACACCAAUGCGCUUUGUGGGUGGAAGUAACUAUUCUGGGAGAGUUGAAAUCGAGUACAAAGGAGAUUGGGGCACGAUCUGCGACAACUACUUCGAUGAAAACGACGCUAAAGUGAUAUGCAGAAUGAAAGGACUCAAUACAAAGAGCUUAGCGAUACGAACGAACGGCUUUUACGGGAUUGGGAAUGGAAGUAUUUUGUUAUCAAGCCUUAACUGCCGUGGCGACGAGCCUGACAUCUCCGAGUGUAGUAUUGGUUACCGAUGGGGCAGUACUUAUUCAUUUUGUUCUCACAACAACGAUGUAGCGGUGCAGUGUAACACACCUGUUCGAGUUCGGGAAGGCCUGACAUUCUAUUCAGGUAUAGUUGAGGUUUAUAUCAACAGCGGAUGGCAGCGUGUAUGCAAAGACAAUUUCACAAUGGACGAUGCGAUUGCGAUUUGUAAUCAGGCAGGAAAGAGAGACAACUACCAUGGAAAUGUCUCAAUUCACAAUCAAGAUUUCGCAAAUAUUACUGCUGAACAUACGACUCUUGGUGGCUUCGGUUGUCUUGGCGACGAAGCUGAUUUAUACGAAUGUGGAUCCGGACAGUGGGUUGAGUCAGCACAUUAUUGUCCUAGUGGAGAAAACGUAGCGCUUAAUUGCCGUGCUCAAACUCCUGUAAGAUUAAUGGAUGGCCUGCAUGAGGCAGGAGGCAGUGGACUACAUAAGCCUGUACAAGGAAGGGUAGAAAUCCAGUAUAGGAGGUUUGACCAGAGUUUACAAAAGUACCGUGAUGAUCAUUGGGGCACAAUUUGUGAUGAUCAGUUUGGAGAUGAAGAUGCCUUGGUGUUGUGCUCUAUGAUGGGAUACUCUGUUGGUAAGGUAUACCGACCCGAGGCAGAUUAUCCCAUGUUUGGCAAUGAGACAAUUAUACUGGACGACCUGCAAUGUCUUGGAGUUGAAGGAGAUGUGUCCGAGUGUAAAGCACGAGAGUGGGGCACCCAUGACUGCGUACACGACGAAGACGUAGCCAUUUAUUGUAACUACCAAGACAACAUUGAUCCCUGCGACAAAGAGAACUACAAGAGACUCCCUAGCCUGGAAAUGAGACUGGUCAAUUUCAAAACAAAGUCAAAUCCCAUUAAUGACAACAAACUUUCCUUGGGCUGGUACAAUGUUGGCAACAACACUUUGCCAGAUCAAGCACCUCCGAUGAACAGAUGUGCUACAAUUUUCCCGGUGUAUAGCAACGAUCCCAACGCGGUACCCAAACUAGAAGAUAAAAUCAAGUAUUUCAAGGCAGAACAGUCGGGAGAUUCCAGCAUAACAUAUGACUUACAAGCAAAGAACUGCGGAGGUUAUUAUGUAUAUCGACUAGGUCCAACCGUAACAAAAGACAGUGCCUAUUGUUUUGGUAUUGGCUCGGAAAUUCCUCCUCCGUCGUUUGUUGCGAACGAGGUUAGUGUUGUUAAAGACAACAAUAAAACAUCAAUCUGGUUUAAAUGCAAGUUUGACCCGGACAAAUCCGAAAAUCUCUACUAUCAAGUAGAGUGGCACAUCAUUGGGAAUUCAGAGCAUGUAGUCACAAAACAAUACUGCAACAAGACCGACUUGUCACCGUGUUAUCUGACGCACAAGGAUCUAGAAGAUAUGAAUAUCGGCAUGGGUACAAAUGUAAGUUGA